GCAACUCUGAUUCUUAUCGAAUUAUCUUGAGUGGGAAAGGGAAAGGGAAAGGGGUUGGCAGUGGAAGUGGUGUCCGGUGGGGUGGUCUGCAGUGCAGAGAGAGAAUCCCCAUUUGUAGCCUCAAAGCUUCCCGCGAAAUCGAAAAUCAAUUCCUAGCUCCUCCUACUUACUCAAUCACAAUCAGCCAUGCCCUCCGCUCCUACAAAGCUCUACGCAGAUGACGUCAGCCUGCUAGUGGUUCUAUUGGACACAAACCCUUUCUUCUGGAGCACUUCCUCUCUCCCUUUCUCCAAGUUCCUCUCUCACGUGCUUUCGUUUUUGAACUCGAUUCUGCUUCUCAACCAAAUCAACCAAAUCGUAGUGAUCGCUACGGGAUGCAAUUCCUGCGACUACAUCUACGAUUCCUCUUUGUCGACCAACCCCGGCAUCGAGAAUGGAAAGCUCCCGGCUCUUUGCUCUGAGUUGUUGAAGAAAUUGGAAGACUUUGUCACCAGGGAUGAGCAAUUGAAUAAGCAACAGUCACAGUCUCUACCACCCACCACCACAUCUUCGCUGCUAUCAGGCUCCUUGUCCAUGGCUCUUUGUUAUAUACAGAGAGUUUUUCGUUCAGGACCACUCCAUCCACAUCCUCGAAUUUUAUGUGUGCAGGGAUCGUCAGAUGGGCCAGAACAAUAUGUUGCAAUCAUGAAUUCAAUAUUCUCAGCACAGCGUUCAAUGGUUCCUAUAGAUUCUUGUUAUAUAGGUUCUAACAAUUCUGCCUUCCUACAGCAGGCUUCUUACAUAACUGGUGGUGUGUAUCAGAAACCCCAGCAACUGGAUGGGCUCUUUCAAUAUCUCUCGACGGUUUUUGCAACUGAUUUGCAUUCUCGAACCUUCCUACAGCUUCCUAAGUCUGUUGGUGUUGACUUCCGUGCCUCGUGCUUUUGCCAUAAAAAGACAAUAGACAUGGGCUACAUAUGUUCUGUAUGCUUGUCCAUAUUCUGUAAGCAUCACAAGAAAUGUUCAACCUGUGGUUGUGGCUUUGGACAUCAUGCAGGUCAGUAUUUGGUCAGGCCCAGACAGAUGUUGCCUCUGCUUCCAAUCUUAAGAGAAAGACUCCAGAAUCAUAAUCUUACUCUUCUACAAGCAGAUGUAUUUUUAAUUAUUCAUUUUUGGUGAUUCAUCAGAAGUAAAAUGAUCUGUUUUUGAUGCUCUUCCAUAUAUUACAGUUCAAUUAUUUGUGUUGUUGAACUGGUAUGUCUGGUUCGAAUUUCCUAGCAAUUGGUUUUUUUCAAUUGAGCUGUUUGGGAACCAGAAAAUAUUUGCUGAGACAAUUUAGGUAUACUGUAUACAUCACAAUUUUGGCCCCUAUAGCUAGUAGAGCAUAUCAGACUUUUGUUUUGAGAUGUAGCAAUGGUUAAUUUUGCAUUCAACAAAUUGUGCUAAAAAGCUAGCGGUUGUACCAAAAGGUAACUGACAAUGUUGCACCUUGUCUUUUAUUUUAAUCUUAGGUUUCUGACAA